AUGGCGGCCUCCAUCUCGCCGUCGGUCAUCAUGACCCAAAUCUCCAGCUAUCUCGGUGCCAACAACGAAACCUCCGACGCUCUUUACCAAUCCCAAGCGGCCGUCAAUGCCAUGGGCACUUACAAAUGGUUCAUUGGCACCGGCAUCUUCGUCCUGGUGACCACCAUCCAGAUCAUCCGAUACAUGUUGAGGGAUCGCCCUCCCCCGGGCCUCAAGCUCAUCCCUGGUCCGAUGAGCACUAUCCCCUACAUCGGCCGUGUCCACGAUGUCGACCCAAAUGCCCCCUGGUUCGCCAUGAAGAAGUUCUGUGACCAAUACAAUGGUAUCUUCCGUUCCACCAUCUGCGGUGAGAUGCACAUCUGGGUCGGUGACGCGAAGAUUGCCUACGAUUUGCUGUGCAAGAAGGCCAGAAUCUACUCCUCUCGACCGAUGGUGCCUGCUGUUCCGGGCAGUGACUCCCAGGGCCAAUACCUCCCGCUUCUCGCCCAUGACGACCACUGGCGCAACCAGCGAAAGUUCGCCCACACCGUCUUGACCCAGGGCUUCAACCAAAAGUACUACGGUUAUGUCAGUCACGAGUGCAAGCGAUUCCUCUAUAAGCUCCUCGCGGAUCCCAAGGAUCACUUUGCCCUGACGGAUCGUUUCUGUGGCCGUAUCAGCGCUCGCCUUGGUUAUGGUAGCCCAGCAUCGGCGGCCGCUCACUGUAAGAACGCGGGUGAAUUCAUUCCUCAGAUUUCUCCUUCCGGCCCCAUUACCAACCUUUUGCCUUUCCUGGGUGGUCUCCCUGAAUGGCUCAACCCCUCCAUUGCCCGGGUCCGUGAACGACGCGAGAAGGAGGAGAAGCUCUGGAAGGGUCUCAUGAAGCAGGUCCGUGCCGAAAUGGAUCAAGGAACUGCUCCCAUCAGCUACGCCCGAACUUACUUUGAGCGCAAGGAAGCAGAAAGUGGCUCCCGAUCCUUCGGUUUCGAUGACCACGAGGCCGCCUACGCGGUUGGUAUGUUGGUCACGGUCGCCAUCUUCACCAUUGGUGGUCCACUCUAUUGCUUCUUCCUCGCCAUGGUCCUCCACCCCGAAUGGCAAGAAAAGGUUCGCAAGGAAUACGAUGAGGUCAUUGGCGACCGUGUCAUUGAAGUUUCGGACUUUCCCGACUUGCCAAUCCUGCGUGCGUGCAUCAAGGAGUGCGUCAGAUGGCGACCGCCAGUUCCAUUGGGUGUCCCACGUCUUCUUGAGGAGGAUGACGAAUGGAACGGCUACUACCUCCCCAAAGGUGCGGUCAUCCACGCGGUCGAUCUCGCCCUGGCCCGUAACCCAGAGCUAUACCCCGACCCAGAGACCUACAAACCCAACCGUUGGCUCGAGAAGGACUACCCAACAUAUAAGGAGCCUCUCACCGAGUAUCCCAGACUGAUGGGUCACCACGGUUUCGGAAUGGGUCGUCGCAUGUGCCCCGGUGUUGAACUCACGGAAGCUGAAACGCUUGUCGCUUGCGGCAGCAUUAUUGGCUGCUUCGAGCUCAAACCAUGCAUGGAUGCCAAUGGUCAACCCCAGUGGCCUGACUCCAAUGCAUUCACUCCCAACUUGAUCGGCGGACCGCUUCCAUUCCAAAUGGAUGUCAAGGUCCGAAGUCCCGAGAAGGCUGUCCGCAUCAAGGCCUGGUAUGAGGAGAGUGUGGCUGACGAGGUUGCUGGCAAGAUUACUGCGGGCUUGUGA